GCUCGUUUUUCCCGCCGCUGUCGGCCACCAUGAACGCCAGCGGCCCAAUCUUUCCGCUCGCUUCGCUCUACGUGGGCGACCUGCACCCCGACGUAACGGAGGCCAUGCUCUACGAGAAGUUCUCGCCUGCCGGCCCCAUCCUGUCCAUCCGCGUGUGCCGCGACGUGGCCACCCGCCGCUCGCUGGGCUAUGCUUAUAUCAACUUCCAGCAGCCAGCCGACGCGGAGCGGGCACUGGACACAAUGAACUUUGAAGUGAUAAAAGGCCAGCCCAUCCGCAUCAUGUGGUCCCAGCGAGACCCAGGACUUCGCAAGUCAGGUGUGGGCAACAUCUUCAUCAAGAACCUGGAGGACUCCAUUGACAACAAGGCCUUAUAUGACACCUUUUCUACUUUUGGGAACAUCCUCUCUUGCAAGGUGGUGUGUGAUGAUCACGGUUCCCGAGGCUUUGGCUUUGUCCAUUUCGAGACCCAUGAGGCUGCGCAGCUGGCCAUCAGCACCAUGAAUGGGAUGCUGCUGAAUGACCGUAAAGUCUUCGUUGGCCACUUCAAGUCCCGACAAGAACGGGAGGCCGAGCUGGGGGCUCGGGCCAUGGAGUUCACCAACAUCUAUGUGAAGAACCUCCAAGUGGACAUGGAUGAGUGGGGCCUGCAGGAGCUCUUCUCCCAGUUUGGGAAGAUGCUGAGUGUGAAGGUGAUGAGGGAUGACAGCGGCCACUCCCGGGGCUUUGGCUUUGUCAACUUUGAGAAGCAUGAGGAAGCCCAGAAGGCUGUGAUGGACAUGAACGGAAAGGAAGUGAGAGGGCGGCUGCUCUAUGUGGGCCGGGCUCAGAAGCGGAUGGAGCGGCAGAAUGAACUGAAGCGCAAGUUCGAGCAGAUGAAGCAGGACCGGCUGAACCGUUACCAUGGCGUGAACUUGUAUGUGAAGAACCUAGAUGACUCCAUCAAUGAUGAGAAACUAAGGAAAGAAUUCUCUCCCUAUGGAAUGAUCACCAGUGCCAAGGUGAUGACAGAGGGUGGCCACAGCAAAGGGUUUGGCUUUGUGUGUUUUUCCUCUCCAGAAGAGGCGACGAAGGCCGUGACAGAGAUGAAUGGGCGCAUCGUCGGCACCAAGCCGCUUUACGUGGCCCUGGCCCAGCGCAAAGAGGAGCGGAAGGCCAUCUUGACUAACCAGUACAUGCAGCGUCUCUCCACUGUGCGGGCCCUGGGUGGCCCCCUCUUGGGCUCCUUCCAGCAGCCCGCCAACUACUUCCUGCCCGCUGUGCCCCAGCCUCCAGCCCAGGCUGCAUACUAUGGCUCUGGCCCACCUCUUCAGCCUGCCCCCAGGUGGACGGCCCAGCCGCCCAGAUCCUCGUGUGCCUCAAUGGUUUGGACACCAGCCACGUCGCGGCGUCCCCUGGCCCACGUCAGCAGUGUUAGGCAGGCUUCCACUCAGGCGCCACAACAGGUGCCCCACACCCAAAGAGUGGCCAACAUUGGUACCCAGACCACUGGACCCAAUGUGGUGGGAUGCUCGAUGCCAGGCGGGCCUCUCUUGACACACAGAUAUUCUUUGGCGACACCCAAUACCCCUGGGGUCCAGGAGCCUGCUGUGUGCAUCCCUGGAAAGGAGCCCUUGACCGCGUCCAUGCUGGCCGCAGCACCUUUGCACGAGCAAAAGCAGAUGAUUGGUGAGCGUCUCUACCCCCUUAUCUAUGACGUCCACACCCAGCUGGCUGGCAAGAUCACGGGCAUGCUGCUGGAGAUUGACAACUCAGAGCUGCUGCUCAUGCUGGAGUCUCCAGAGUCCCUCAAUGCCAAGGUCGAAGAGGCUUUGGCUGUGUUGCAGGCUCACCAGAAAAUGGAAUCCUCACUCCCUUGGCUGAGAGAACAGCGUUUCCUGCUCUUGGCUCGAAGGCCCUGUGAACCGUUAGGCCCCAACAUCCACGCAGGAGGCAACACAGAGCCAGACAAAGCCAUCCAGGGUCAGGGUUCUGCAUCCCAAAGCGGGGCUGGAGCUCAAAACACAGGGGAUUAUGCCAAGGACGGGGCAGGGAUGGCAGCCCUGGAGAACCAGCUCAACAGGCUGCUUUGGGUGUAG